CGCGUCGAAAGCCAAGAAUAUAGGCACUGUGUUCUGAACUGUUCGCCUCAUCUUCUUCCUGGCACCGAAACAUUACAUUUUUCGUUUUUCAACGACCAAAACCAUAAUCAUCCUAAAUUCAACGCAACUAAUAUACUUGAACAACAAGAACAAGAAACAAGAAACGUUUCCCUCUGUAUUACCCGUUUUUUCUUCUGUGUUUCAACUUUCAGUUAUGUUUUUCUCUCUCUAGCCGUCAAUCAUCAUGUCUUCCUCAAAUUCCGCCCCUCAGCCCCACGCGCCGCUGCUCAUCCCGCGUCCCGAUGCCGCCACGGCCCGUCUCCCCGUCCUCGCACUCCUCCUCGGCCGCCGCGGCCAUUCCGCCGUCGUCCGGGAGACCGCGGCCCGUGAGCUCGACGAGCGCCGCGCCGACUGGACAUACUCGAAGCCGGUGGUGGCGCUCGACAUGACAUGGAACAUGGCCUUUGUGGUGGUCUCAGCGGUGAUGCUCGCCUGCACCGUCAAGGAAAAUCCCAACACGCCGAUCCGGUGGUGGAUCUGCGGCUACGCCCUGCAGUGCCUCCUCCACGUGGCGCUCGUGUGGGUUGAGUACAGGAGGAGGAGCGACGCGCCCAGGGACGAGGAGUCUGGCGGCCACCUCGAAUAUGAUGACGUCAACGACAGCGAAGAGGAGGAUUCUGGAACCUCUGGGAGUUCCCCUUCCACUGGAUUCACAAAACGAUGCGCAUCAUUGAAUACCAUGGUUUCGUUACUUUGGUGGAUGGUGGGCUUUUACUGGGUUGUCUCUGGUGGUGAUAUUCUUCUGCAAGAUGCUCCACGUUUGUACUGGUUGGCUGUUGUCUUCCUUGCAUUUGAUGUCUUUUUUGCCAUCUUUUGUGUUGUGUUGGCAUGCUUGAUUGGAAUUGCCCUCUGUUGUUGUUUACCCUGUAUUAUUGCUAUUCUCUAUGCUGUUGCAGGACAGGAAGGUGCAUCAGAAUCGGAUCUCAGUGUACUUCCGAGAUACAAAUAUCAAAUGUUAAGCAAUGAGGAAACACCUAGUAAGGGAGGUGGAUCAAUGAUUCCCGUGGAGACCAUCAGUGGUUACUCAGUGAAUGAACGAAUACUUUCACCUGAUGAUGCAGAAUGCUGUAUAUGCAUCUCUUCUUAUGAGGAUGGAGCAGAACUUCAUGUUCUUCCGUGUAACCAUCAUUUCCAUUCUACAUGCAUAGUGAAAUGGCUGAAGAUGAAUGCAACUUGUCCUCUUUGCAAGUUCAAUAUUCUGAAGGGAAAUGAACAGGUGUGACAGAAUACUAAAGACGAUCAAAAAUAUGAUUUUAAGCUGAGCUUAAGUAUAAAAUAGUUCAUGGUUUUCAACUGCUGAUGUGUAUAUGUAGAUACUAUCAAGACAUUAAAGAGUGUAACUUCUUCCAAUUUUCUCGUUUUAACUGUCAUUGUUUUGCUUAAUUGUUUGUGUAGAGAAAAUAUAGGUGAGAAGGAAAGCUGCUUAGAGAGGAGAUCUAGUAAUUGUGUUGAAUAGUUUAAAUAUUUAAUUUUGCCCUAAUUUAACAA